AUGAUACAGGUGACAAUAUGUGCACCGGAGGAAGCUGAACCCAACCAUGUGCAGGUUAACGAUCGUUCUGGUGGUCCAAUCCCAGCCGAUAUUGUUGCAUCGUUGCCAACACGUUUUCUGUUAGAUAUUGCCCGGUCAGAUGGAAACCAAAAUUUAACUUUUGAGAUUAAGGGCCCGGAUGGUAAGCUGCGUAAAGGUAUUAUCAAACCAACAAAAGAUUCUGGAACUUAUGUUCUAACAUUCACUCCUGAUAUUGUCGGAGUUUAUAAUGUACAAAUUCUUUCCGGUGAAACAUGCCUAACCAAUACACCAUUUAAAGUGCGCGCAAUUCCAGCCGGUGAUGCUCAAAAAUGUUAUAUAAAAGACUUGCCUGUUAUUGAAUAUUGGCCUGCUGGAGAAACUAAGGUAUUCACUGUUGAUACAUCAGAAGCUGGUUGUGGAGCCUUAGGUGUUCUACCAUCAAGAGAACAGGAGGUUGAGUAUAGCAUUGAACCGCAACCAGGUACCAAGAAUCAGUUGGUAUCGAUAACACCGUUAACCACUGGACCACAUAUUGUCGACUUUUUAUUUGGCGGACGAAACAUACCGAACGGAACUCUUCGAUUUGAGUAUGUUUCUAUUCUUGUGAGGAACAAAUUCUUAUCCAUUUUUAUAUAA